UUUGGCGCAGCCACCCGGCUCAAGAGACCACGCCACGCAGCCCCUCGAGACCCCGCGACCGCGGCGUGCGCAAGCGACAGGCGGAGAGCGCCAGCCGGAAGCGCCUGCGCCGGGCCUGCCCGGGCCGAUCCCGUGCCCGGGACCGGCGUGUGCCGCGCACGGGGUGCUUCCCCUCCGGCCAGGCCACGGGGCGCCGCUCGCCUGGGCCCCGGGCGGGCCCUGCCCGGAGCGGUGCGGGCGCUUCCGGCGGGCGCCCUCGCCCCCCGGCGGCGCGAGCGGCGAGACAUGUCGGUGCAGUUCCAGUCCCAGAACUUCCAGCACAUCCUGCGCAUGUGCAACACCAACGUGGACGGGAGGCAGAAGGUGAUGUACGCGCUCACGGCCAUCCGCGGCCUUGGCCGGCGGUUCUCGAACAUCAUCUGCAAGAAGUGCGACAUCGACCUCAACAAGCGCGCCGGCGAGCUCACGACCGACGAGGUGAACAAGAUCGUGGCCGUGGCCAGCAGCCCGCUGCAGUUCAAGAUCCCAGCGUGGAUGCUCAAUCGUCAGAAAGACGUCAAGGACGGCAAGACCUCGCAGAAGUACGCGAACUUCCUCGACCAGGAGCCCUCCGAGAGGACCUGGAGCGGAUGAAGCGCGUGCGCCUCCACAGGGGCAUCCGCCACUACUGGGGCAUCCGCGUGCGCGGUCAGCACACGAAGACCACGGGCCGCCACAGGGCCAUGGGCGAUGGCGGCAAGAAGUGAGCCGGCAGGGUGGGCUGCGCUGGAUUGGGGCUUGCGGGUGGGCGCCGUGCCAAAAUCAUAGUAUUUUUGAGGGCGUCUGUUGCAUGACCUUGCUGCUUUGUGUGCGUGAGUACCUUGCCUGGCCAGGGCUGAUGAGCUGUUGCAUGCUGCUUCUGCAUUGUGAGGAUGACGCGGACCGAAGACUGGCCGAGCUGAUGGGCACUGGCAGCAAACCGCCUGCUGAAAAGCAGGAUGCUCUGCCAGAUCGAGACCGGAAGCGCUCGAGAUCCAGGAGCGGCUCUUUGUUUUUUUUCUGCACUCGAGCCCUCUCUGCAGCUAUCCUUGUGGCCGCCCUGUUGUGAUACCUCACCGUCCAUACCAUGUCAUCAUGCCCAUUCUUCCGAUCGUUCUUUUCAGGGCGCGGAUUCUGGAUCUCUUGACCCUUUUCCAUGAUUGUGUAGUUGUGUUUCCCGUAU